AUGGACAAAAGAAGGAGAUCAAGAAGCCCACGCAGUUCUCAUCGUCACCAUAGUUCCAGCAGUGAGAGAUACUCUAGUCAUAAAUCCAGCAGGCACGAGAGAAGACACCACCAUCACAGCCAUCGCUCCAAAAAGCAAAGAUCCCCAUCCCCACGGUACAGGUUCGACAGUCCUCCAAAAUCGUUCUUGGCUUAUAACCAGCAGCUCUGGGACGAUCACAAGACUUCAGUAAACCCUGAGGGUUUCAUCAAUAAAAUUCAACAAGUUGCGUCUACCAUCCCUUCAUCACAAGCAAAUAAAAUCGAUAGAGAACUUUAUAUAGGCAACUUACCUUCUGGAAUUACUUCAACUCAGCUUGUAGAUUUGCUGAACAGCACCAUUGCUUCGAUGGAAUUAAAUUUAUGGGUAAUUUUUAUGUAGCCUGGCCCUCCUGUAAUUUCAGCUUGGAUAAGUAAUGAUGGACACUAUGCUUUUAUCGAGUUCAGAAGUAUUGAAGAAGCUAAAGCUGGGUAUGCACUAAAUAAUGUAAGCAUUUUAGGUCAGCCUUUAAGAGUCGGAAAACCUAGAACUUAUGCUGGAAAUGAGCCACCGGUAGUCGCUGGCCUCCAUGCAUUAGGAGCUUCUGCUGUGGGACUAAACAAAGUUACUGAAGAUAUGGCAAGCAAAAUUCUGGGUGGCAAAGGAAGACUUAUUUUAAGCGGGCUCCCGCACGGCUACUGCAGAGAAGAAACCAAAAAAAUGCUGGAAGAGUUCGGGACCCUAAAAUGCAUGGACAUGCCAAAAGACCCCUUGACUGGGCUAACCAAAGGCUAUGCGAUUUUUGACUAUGAAGAAGACGAAUCUGUAGCAAAUGUACUGCAGCAAGGCAGUUUUUCUAUUGCAGGCUGUAAAGCAGUAGUCAGUAGAGUAGGUAAAGAAAGUUUAACUCAAGCAUUUCUCCCGCCUACACCUGAACUAGACAAUAGAGCCAAGUUCAGCUCAAGAAUUUUAGUAUUGAAGAAUAUGGUGAGGAUCACUGAUUUAGAAAAUGACGAUGAGUACCAAGAUUUGCAUGAAGACGUGCUGGAAGAGUGCAAAAAGUAUGGAAGAGUCAUCUCUAUAGUAAUUCCAAAACCUGGAGAACAUACAAGUGGGAUUGGGAAAAUCUUCGUGGAGUACACAACAGUGGAAGAGGCAAUGCAAGCUAAAGUAGGGCUGACAGGGAUGAAGUUCAACGAUAAAAGAGUGGAGUGCUCUUUCCACCCUGAAGAACUCUUUUUCCAAGGCAACUUUGUAGGGUAG